AUGCGAAUUCGACGAAUGGUGGCGAACUGUUCGUCAGCGGCGGCACUGUGUAUUCAAUUUGUGGCUGGGCUUUCAAAUGCGGUAGUCGAUCGCUCGUCUCCUUCACAAUACAACACCCAUCCCAAAUAUUAUUCGCAACAACAUCAAAACCUUUCAUCAUCUCAGUCUUAUCAUCCAGCGAUUGUACCGUCUCCGAAUCGCUAUCAUAGCUAUGGAGUUGCCGGCACCAAUAUGAAAGGCCUCAACUCUCUUACUUUACAUCCAGGUUCAUACGAGCCUCCACUCGCUGCUCAUUCGUUCCGUCUCUACUCAAUGAGAUUUUGUCCAUUUGCGCAAAGAGUUGUCAUCUAUUUGGCCAAGAAAAACAUCCCUGUCGAGAUCACGAAUGUGAACCCAGAUAAAGGACCAGCUUGGUUUCUCGCAAAGAGUCCACUCGGAAGAGUGCCAGCGCUUGAAAUCAAUGGAAAAAUUCUCUGGGAGUCGAAUGUGAUUUGCGAAUAUUUGGAUGAUCUUUUCCCUUCGACUUCUGUUCUCCCAAAGGAUCCCUACGACAAAGGAAUGCAAAAGAUUGUUCUCGAAAGAUUGUCACCGCUAAUGAACGUACUCUUCGAGUUCUUCCGUGCCACCUCUCCCCAACAGAUGCGACAGGUGGACAACAGCUUGCAUUCAGCUCUACGCAACGCCGAGAGUUUGUUGACUGAUCAAUUCUAUGGAGGUCGAAACAUUGGCUAUGCAGAUAUCUUGUUGUGGCCUUUCAUGGAGCGCCUUGAAUUGAUCACCCUCAAUCCGCACACUCAAUUCCACUAUUUCCCUGGGCUUCACUACCCGAAAAUGGGCGCUUAUAUUGCAAGAAUGCAGCGGCAACCUGAGGUGAAAUUUGCAUUGAGACCCCUCUCUCAUCACAAAGCCUAUGUUGACAGUUAUGCGGCCGGUCGACCAAACUACGACUAUGGCAUUUUCAAC